UGAUCACCACGAGGGCUCCCCGCCACAUCGUCUGAGUUCUCCUCUUUGUUCCUCCGACCCGGCGGUUCUGCGCAUGCGUUCUAUUCUUCCGGAAGUAGGAGGUGCCUCCCGCAGGAAAACGCGCGCGCGCGCACGUCGAGGAGCAGCCGGAAUGCUGGACUUCUCGUGAACGUCCUCUCCUCCUUCUCCUUCUCCUUCUCCUUCUCCUUCUCCUCCUCCUCCUCCUCCUCCUCCUCCUCCUCCUCCUUCUCCUUUUCCUCCUCCAUUUUUCGUCCUCCGUGAUGGCGCUCGGCUGCCGCGUGCGCGCGUGCGCGCCGUCUCCGCUGCUGCUGCUGCUGCUGCUGCUCGGCGUGCCCGCGGCGCGCGCGUCCUACCAGCCUCAGGGUGGCGGAGAGUGCAAAGGGAAAGCGUGCGCAGGCGUGGCGGAGAAGAAGAGCGACCUCCGCGUGUGCGACCAAUCCACGUGCCGCUUCGGGGGCGUGUGCAGAGACGACCAAUCGCAGCUCAAGUGCGUUUGUCAGUUCCAGUGCCACAAGAACUACGUGCCGGUGUGCGGCUCCAACGGCGACACGUACCAGAACGAGUGCUACCGGCGCCAGGCGUCCUGCAAGCAGCAGCGGCUCAUCGCCAGGGUGGCGCACGGACCUUGUUCUGACGAUCCUGGCUCGGGCUCGGGACAUCCCGACGACCAAGAAGAAGGUUCCGCUUCGGAUGCGAUCAAGCGGUUGAGCAAGUGCAGCACCUGCAAGUACGGAGCAGAAUGUGACGAGGACGCAGAAGAUGUAUGGUGCAUCUGCAACAUCGACUGCAGCGGCCACAACCAGAACGCCGUUUGCGCCACCGACGGCAACUCCUACAACAGUCCGUGUUUGGUCCGGGAGGCGUCCUGCAUGAAGCAGGAGCAGAUCGACGUGGAGCACCUGGGCCGCUGUCCAGCCGACAAAGACCAAAUUGGCAGGAAGGACGACGGAAGCCCUUUCAAAGUAAAGAUCCCGGAAACCAAAGGACUGGAGCACGGGGACGGCUUCUACGCCGGAACGGCCAACUCCUGCGGCGACUCGCGCCCGGGAUUCUGUCUGCACGGACGCUGCGAAGUGCACCACAACCUGCCCACCUGCAGGUGCGAGUCGGGCUACAAAGGCGUCCGCUGCGACGAGCUUCAGGACUUCAACGUGCUCUACGUGGUCCCCAGUGGCCAGAAGCUGCAUUACGUCCUGAUCGCCUCGGUCAUCGGCGCCGUGCAGAUCGCCGUCAUCGUCGCCGUCGUCAUGUGCAUCAGCAGGAAAUGCCCAAAGAACAAACGCGCUCGUCGGCACAAACACAACGUGGGACACUUUUCUGCAGACUCGAACUCUCGGAUGGUAUAACCUCCUCGUCCUCGUCCUUUUUCUUCUUCUUCUUCUUCUUCUUCUUCCCUUGGAAAAGCGUCGAGGAAGAAGAAGCCGAGCGUCUGUUGCCUUACGUCUUCUUUUUGCUCUGCGGCGGGCGAGCGGGGCGGCGCUCGCCGUUUUUGCCGAAUGUUGUCGGACUCCCGCGCGGCGGCCGACGAGGACGACGACGACGAAGUUCUUUCUUUCUGAUCGUCGUAACGUCAAAGUAUUUUCUUGUCGUGCGGUUCUCCUGUUGGACUCGAGUUGGCAUGGCAACCGCUGUAAAAUGUUUCACGUGUUCCAUUUCAUUUUUGACUCUGAAUUUAUUUUGAAGGCCGUUACAGGAAGUGUCAGCCGUCUGCUGCUUUUCUUCGGGCGCUUCCGGCGGCCGUCCGCCGACUUUUUGGGCCUACGGAAGAAAAUAUUCCUGCCGUCCUAAAAAAUGAAACCUAAUGAAAAUGAAAAAGUUGCCCCUUAUCCAGAAAACAAGUCGGAAGGUAGCAAAAGGAAGUUUUGGGAGGAAAGGAAGCCGCCAGAGCGGCUCGGUGGCGCCUCGGCAAACGUCGAUUCGCACUCGCGGUGGAAAGAAAAUAUCAGCUGGGGGGGGGGGGGGGCUAUUGAGCCGUUAAGCUGCUUUGCCACGCCAACGUUAGUGUCGUGGUGAGCGUUUUGUGCGUUUGCAGGUUUUGCGCGAUUGUGUUGUUGUUUUUGUACACUACAAUUCUGUUGAGUGAGUUCCCGCAAUUUCGACGCUCUAACGCCGACUUAGUUAGUAUCAAAGAGGCGGCCGAGCCCCUCUCUUUGUUGCGUCGACCGCCGAAAGGUGGGCGGAGCUCUUCGCUAGUGACGUAGAUAAGCUGGAGAAAUGCCAACGAGUUCAUUUCCGACACAAAAACGUCUGGGAAGCGGGAGUGCGGCUACCGCUCGAAUUCAUAUUUCAACGUUUGCCGAGGCACCGUAGAGAUAACAUUACAUUCCAAACAAUACAAAAAGUUGGUAAAAAAUAUUGUAUGUCCGCCUUAAAAUAAAAAAACAAAACGAGUUGGGUUGUUUUGGGGGUUCUGCAAUAGAUUCCUCGCAUUUUAUUCAAAACACAACUUCCCAAUCCUGCUGUUCUCCAUUUCAUGCUGAAAAACAAGUAUGAAACUAUAUUUCCAAAAAGGAUCCCUUUUGUUGUAAAAAAAAGAAAAGUAUUUACGUGACAGGUACGUCACAAUCAUAUCAAAGCUUUCAAUUGUCUGAAGCUUCGGUCUGGAGCAGUACUUGGUUUACUCUUUUGCGUUUAUUUAUCUACAGCACUAAAAUCAAAUGUAUGAAACAAUCUCGAGACCCCUUGGGGUUUCCGGGGACCCCAGUUUGAGAACCACUGGUUUACAUGAUUGCCCCCCCCCCCCCCCCCCGUCAUUUAAAAAAAAAAAAAAAACUUCCAAGCCGUCAUCUUAAAAGUACGUUUUUUUUUUCCCCCAAUCUUUUAUAAUUAAGUGGUGAAAAGUUUAGCGAAGGUGAAAUGUGGGACGUUUUGUGGCAAAGAAAGCAACGUGACGGCGGUGAAGACGACAGUAAAGCAGCUAAAGUCAGCGAGCUAACGUUCUAGCGAGCCCAAACGCACGAAUAGAACAAAAACAUUUGGGAUCGUACGCUACGCUUAAGUCACGACUACGCUACGUUACAUGACAGUAUGUUACAUUUUGUACGUUACAUAAGUUCCAUGGUUACGUACUCUACGUUGUCUAUGUUCACGUUCUGCAUGCUCCACGAGUUACAAGGUAGCCAUUGCCUUCUGCACGUGUUGCGUACAUUUACAAAAACGGGACAUCACGUUAGGGACUGGAACGAGGAGCUUCGUGCUCGCUGGAUACAAAAACAUUUUCACUUGCUCUAUUCUGGUUAGCAUGGUCACGCUAACAAGGUUAAUCAACUGCAUCCGCAAACACACACGUGUGAGCUUGUCUGGCAAACUGUCAAACUAACACACACACACACACAAGUUUUUGAGUCCUCCAUUUUACUCUCAGGCUGUUAGCGCUUAGCACGCUAGCUACCGUUUUUUUUUUUUUUUCUUUUGACCGGACAAAUGUUUUUGAGUUGCUUUUUUUGCGAUGUUGUCGAGAGCCAAAGUGACAAUCGUCAUCAAACGUCUGUCAGUUAUUCAAUUAUUUAUUUGCGGUUGGAAAAGAAACAAUGGUAGUUGUCAUGUGUCGUGUUCGUUAGCUUUAGCAUGUAGCAUAGCGGAGGUAAGUGGGCGGGGUCCAGACGUGAUGAGUUGGCAAACUUUUUGUCAAGUUUAUUUUUUAGGGGAGGAGCUCAACACCAGCAAAAAAACAAACAAACAAAAAAAGCCCCUCCCUCCCUGAACGUUUGUCUUGUCGUGAUCGGUCGUCUUAACGUGACCUCAAUGUGUUGUCGUGCAUGAAAUGUUUCAAUAAAAACUCAUGUUGACUUUUCAAACAAAAA